AUGUUAUUAAAAGCAAAACUCUUGGGGUUGCGUGGCCAAACAGAUCUGGCGGCAUUGGCUGAGUAUAACGCUCUGGAAGCCCAGUUGAGUCAGUUGGAGUCUUCUGGUAUACCCAUUGAGGAUGACUGUUUCUUUAGUUCCAUAUCGCCUCGUAUUUCACAACAGCAGAACGAGACUCUAUUGCUUCCCUUUGAAGCGGAUGAAGUAAAAUCAGCCACGUUUUCUAUGUUUCCUAAUGAAUCCCCGGGGCCUGAUGGGAUGAACCCGGGUUUCUUUCAGCAUUUUUGGGAUGUGGUUGGUCAUGAUGUCUCUAGUUUUGUAUUGGAUUGCUUGCAUUCAGGUGCGUUCCCGGUCGGGUUAAAUGAGACUAAUGUAGUGUUGAUCCCUAAAAAGAACCAACCUGAGAUGGUCUCGGAUAUCAGACCAAUCGCCCUAUGUAAUGUGGUUUACAAGGUUAUUGCUAAAAUGAUCGCGAACAGGAUGAAACCACUUUUGGAUGGAGUCAUUUUGGAGUCCCAGAGUGCUUUUAUCCCUGACAGGUUGAUAACUGAUAAUAUUCCUAUUGCUGCGGAAGUAGGUCAUUAUCUAAACAUGAAGCAAUGUGGGCGUGUUGGUUGGGGGGCUUUAAAGCUUGAUAUGGUAAAGGCUUAUGAUAAGAUGGAGUGGUCCUUCUUAAGGGGCUCAAUGAAAAAAUGGGUUGAUCUGAUUAUGUUGUGUGUCACGACUGUCUCCUAUAACAUCCCAGUUAAUGGAGCCAGGGGAGGUAAGGAAGCGAAUGUCGUCAAGCAGUGCCUGCAGACUUAUGAGCAUCUCUCAGGUCAGACUGUUAAUUUUCAUAAGUCUAAUAUUUGCUUUAGCAAAAAUACAGGGGAGGGUGAUAUGGAAGAUGUGGUAAAUUUGUUGAAUGUUAAUCGGGCUCUUAAUUUUGGUAAAUAUCUGGGGCUUCCAUCUUUUGUUGGGAGGAAUGAGAAGUUAGUCUUUGCUUAUAUUGAGAAGAGGAUUAAGCAGAGAAUUGGAUCAUGGAAUAAGAAGUUAUUGUCUCAGGCAGCAAUUGAAAGAGCUAUGAACAGAUUUUGGUGGAAUAAGGGCGGCACCAAUGGAAGUGGCAGUAUUCAUUGGAUGGCUUGGGAUCGUUUGAGCAAACCUAAGUCUGUUGGGGGCUUGGGUUUUAAGGAUCUCAAGGCUUUUAAUUUGGCUAUGUUGGGUAAGCAGGCUUGGCGGUUUCUCAGGAAACUUGAAUCUUUAGCUGCUCGUGUUUAUAAGGCCAGGUAUUUCCCUAAAACCUCUUUUGCUGAUGCUACUUUGGGAAAUAAUCCUAGUUAUUGCUGGAGGAGUAUUAUGGUUGCCCAUGAUCUGGUUUCUAGUGGUGUAAGAAGAAGGAUUGGUAAUGGUGAAUCUACGUUAAUCUGGGGACAUCCCUGGUUACUGGAUAAUUAUGAUCCUAUGGUGGGAACUGCUAUGCCCCCCUAUUUGGAAGGUUCAAAAGUUUCUAGCCUAAUUGAUACGGAGUCUAAUUCCUGGGAUUUAGCCAUACUCAGGGAUAUUUUCUCCCCUAAUGAUGUGAACCGUAAGGCAAUGAAUGUAGCUGUGUGGGAUGCCUGUCUUCAGAAGCCGAAGCAUGUUUGGAGAUCUGCUGCUGCCGCCAUCUCAGUCUGGGAAGGCGCUACUGUUAGGAGACCGUCUUCAUUACCUCAGCAGCGGCAAGUACGGCCUACACCGCCUCAACAGCAACAACCCUAG